AUGAAUAGGGAUCUAUACCAGUCAUAUAAUAGAGAUCGUAGGGGCAACAGACAUGGGCACAACUCCAUACGAGGUAAGAAGAGAAGCAAACGUGGCCAAGGCUCUCAAGGGUUGAUCAGCAAGAAUGGUUUUGACAGGCACACCGGGCCUAAGGAAGCACCGCGAUUGUCGGAGUAUAACUUCAAUGUUGAUGCAUCCGCUAUUGUAUCGGCUAUUGGACGCAUCAAAAAUACUAAAUGGCCUCGACCUCUGCAGACCAAUCCUGCCCAAAGAAAUCCCAAUCAAGUAUGCAUAUAUCAUGGCACCCAUGGCCACAGAACGGAAGAUUGCAGGCAAUUGAGAGACGAAGUAGCUCGGUUAUUCAAUGAAGGGCACCUUCGGGAGUUUUUAAGGAUUGAUGUUCCCCAAGGACCAGUGUUUAAACGCACUAAAGUCUCGAUCGUAAGGGAGAAGCGAUCUCGAGCUCAAGAUUACAUACCGAAAGGAACUUUGUCCUUCAACGACGAAGACGCAGAGGGAAUAAUGCAACCCUAUAACGAUGCACUG